CGAGGAGGGAGGCGGGGCGCGCGAGGAGGCAUGCGUCCACUCUGCCGGGCCCCGUGCGCGGCGUCAUGGCGCGCCUGCUUGGGGUGCUAUGGGGUCUGCCCUUCCGAGAGAUUCCUCUGCGGGCUGUAGGGGGCAGAGCGGGCAGUGGCGGCGCAGGGGCCGGUCUCGGGGACGCAGGGUCUCUCACAAAGCAUGAGCCGUCUCUCACCAAGAGCGAAUGGCAAAAGCAGCUGACUCCAGAGCAAUUCUAUGUCACGAGAGAAAAAGGCACCGAACCGCCUUUCAGUGGGGCCUAUCUGAACAACAAGGACUCAGGAAUGUAUCACUGCGUGUGCUGUGACAGCCCGCUCUUCAGCAGCUGCCGGGUGCGGAAUGUCUUCCACAGUUCCGAGAAGAAGUACUGCUCCGGCACUGGAUGGCCUGCGUUUUCGGAGGCGCACGGGACAUCCGGCUCCGAUGAAAGGGACACGGGCAUUCUGAGACGUGUGGACACCUCGUUAGGAUUAACUCGCACCGAGGUUGUCUGCAAGCAGUGUGAAGCCCAUCUUGGCCACGUGUUUCCUGAUGGACCCGGGCCUAAUGGUCAGAGGUUUUGCAUCAACAGUGUGGCCCUGAAGUUCAAACCAAGGAAACACUGAUGUCUCCAAGGAUUCCUUUCCAUCGCCACUGCUUCAUUUACACGCUCAAUUUUCAGUUUAUGUGAGUGACUCGUUUUAUUUACUACCAAACUAAGCUAAGUUUGCUGCUGGCAAGCAAGUCCCAGCUUCUGUAAUUGACUUACCUGGAAUCAGCCCAACCCGACUCCAGCUUGGAUGGUGGAAUUUCACAGAAUGACAGAGGGGCAGCCACAUUUGACUUCUGUAGGCUUUGCCUGGAACCAGAGUGCAUGACUCUUUGGGGACAUUAAGAAGCCAAUGGACUACAAGCCAAAAAGUUCCUACAAAACUACCUUGAACUUCCCAUUGCGUUAAGUCCUUUGUGGACAUAUAUAGGUGAGGGAUCAAGAGAAAAGAGGAGGGAAAUACGGGAUUAGAGUAAUCAACAAUCCCAGCAUUGAAAGAAGUACCAAGGACUGGGAUUAUGGAAGAGCAGCAUUUGGGAGGCACGCAUGGCGAUCAGUGGGAUGCAUGAUUCUUUUUCAAAAUUUUAAAAUGUCUUGAACAUUCUGGUUUCAUCCUUUCUACUGGCAAAUAAGUUCCAAUGGGAGUUUGUUAGAUUUCUGUGGUAAUGCAUAAAAGUGGCUACAAAGUUAAGCUUUAAAUGUUCAAAUAAAAUAUUUAGUAAAA